AUGGUCACGAACCACCAGGUGCUCUUCAACAAGACUCAACCCACCGGUCUGCCCAAGCCAGGCGAGACCACCAAGCCAGGCUCUGCCGAGCUCGACAUUGACAAUGUUGCUCUCAACGGUGGCGUCCUGACGCGCAACAUUGCUGUCUCUCUCGACCCUACCAUGCGCAAUCGUAUGAAAGGCAACAACGGCUACUUUUCAGCACCAUAUGUUGUCGGUCAGCCUGUCACCGCUAUCGGUAUCGCCGAAGUAGUCCGAUCCGAGGUGAACGAUUUUGCUCCCGGUGAUAUUGUCUACGCCUGGUCCACCGGUAUCGAAGACUACACCAUCCACCCAGCCGCUGCGGCUGCUACAUUCCGGAAAUUUGACCCGGCCCAGUUGAACAACGGCCUUUCGAUCACCACUUACCUCGGUGCAGCUGGUAUGGCAGGUAUGACCGCCUACAUGUCGCUCAAGGAGAUCAUUGGCGAUCUUAAGCCGGGCAACAAGAUGUUCGUCUCGGGUGCUGCUGGUGCGGUCGGUCAGCUGGUCGUGCAGCUUUGUCACCAGGCUGGUGUGGGAGUGAUUGCCUCGGCCGGCUCGGACGAAAAGUGCGAGUUCGUGCGCUCGCUCGGGGCGGAGGAAUCGAUCAACUACAAGACCGAAGACCUCCGCGCCAAGCUCAAAGCGUUUGCCGCCGAUACUGGAAUCCACUACUACUUUGACAAUGUCGGCGGUGACCAACUAGAAGCAUACAUCGACAACGCCGCGCGCUACGGUAUCAUUGUCGCAUGCGGCUACAUCUCUGGUUACAACGCCGAAAAACCCGAAGACGUCGUUUACCCGAAAAACUUGUUCAACGUCAUCACAAAGGAGCUCAAGUACCAAGGCUUCAUUGUCAGCUCGUACAUCCCCAAGUGGCUCGGCAAGUUCAUGGACGAGGUACCCAAGAUGCUUGCCGACGGUACCAUCAAGAACCGAGAGGAUGUCACGUUUGGUGUCUACGGCGCCGAGGAUGCGUUUUUGCGAUUGUUCACCGGCGACAACUCGGGCAAGGUGGCAGUAUUGAUCGAUACCGACAGAGCCGAAAAGUGGAACUUGAAGAAGCAAAUGGAUGCAUCCAAGGUGUGGAAGUGA